AUGUGUGGCAGGUUCCUGAGGCGGCUGGUGGUGGAGGAGAGCCGGCACUCCACCCCCGUGGGGCGCCUCCUGCUUCCUGUGCUCCUGGGGUUCCGCCUCGUGCUGCUGGCCGCCAGUGGGACGGGGGUCUACGGCGACGAGCAGAGCGAGUUCGUGUGUCACACGCAGCAGCUGGGCUGCAAGGCCGCCUGCUACGAUGCCUUCCAUCCUCUCUCCCCGCUGCGCUUCUGGGCCUUCCAGGUCACCCUGGUGGCUGUACCAAGUGCCCUCUACAUGGGUUUCACUCUGUAUCAUGUGAUCUGGCACUGGCAGGAAUCUGAAAAGGUGAAGAAGGAAGAGGAGACCCUGAUCCGCCAAGGGGAGAAAAGCAGAGAUGCCUUGGGGCCUGGAAGCCCCAGGGUGCUCUGGGCCUAUGUGGCACAGCUGGGGGUGCGACUAGCCCUUGAAGGGGCAGCCUUGGGGGGGCAGUACCAUCUGUAUGGGUUCAAGAUGCCCAGCUCCUUUGCGUGUCGUCGAGAGCCUUGCCUUGGUAGUAUAAGCUGUAAUCUGUCUCGCCCCUCUGAGAAGACCAUCUUCCUGAAGACCAUGUUUGGGGUCACCGGGCUCUGUCUCUUGUUCACGCUUUUGGAGCUUGUGCUCCUGGGCCUGGGGAGAUGGUGGAAGAUCUGGAAGCACAAAUCUCCCUCUUCUAAUUACUUCCCAACUUCAGAGAGCACCCAAAGACACAAGGAACCGACUGAUAACUUCCCAGUGGUAGAAACAAAAGAACGGUUUGGAGAAGCAGGUGAGAGGGGCACUGAUGUCCCUCUUUCUACCUGUCCCUGA